AUGAAGAUCCAUGAGAAGAUUCUAACCCAUUUAUCCUGCACCUCACCGAAUAAAGAAGGAUAUCUCUACAAAAAGAAGAGGACCUCCUCCUACCAGAGGCGCUGGUUUGUCCUGAAAGCCAAUCUGCUGUUCUACCAGGAGCGUCCGGCAGAUCGACACCUGCUGGGGGUUAUUGUCCUAGAGGGCUGUGCUGUCCAGCGCUGUGAGUCUGAGGGAGGACUGUUUGCCUUCUCCAUGGUGUUCAGAGGUUCAGGYCUGAAAACCUACAYGCUUGCUGCUGAGGACCAGCUGGGCCAGGAGAGCUGGGUCAAAGCCCUGCUCACAGCCAGCCACUGCUACCUUUCACUGCUGGUCAGAGACCUGGGGAAGCAGUACGAAGAGGCUAAACGCCAAGCUGGCCCUGCUYAAUCCCAUCAACGAACCACUGUGACUGGUCCAGGCUCAAUGUGCCUUACCCAAUCCAUGACUUACCUGAACUCAUGCUCCUCCUCCUUCCRCAUGCCAGGACCAGUGAGGAGAGAAGGGYGAAGCCACAGUGCCAGUAAUGUAUUACAAGCCCCUCCAAUCCCCAGCAAKGUGAUCAAUAAGAGGUCCCCUAAGCAUUGGCCCAAGAGAAACGCACAUGUCACACCYAUAAAUGGACCAGCACCACCAUAUGGGGAAUGGCCACAAGUGGACUUUGAUCCUCUAGAGGAUUUCACCAAGCUACAUGAUUACUAUGGAGAGGAGGUGAAGCAGCUGAGAGCUGAUUGGCUGAGGAGGAGGCAGGAGGAAGAGGAGCACCUUGAGGAGGAUCUCAUUGACCUAAGUGAACACUGACCCACAGAGAUCAGACAGUCACCACUCUGGUUAUUUUGAUGAGGACUUUGGUGUGAAUGCCAGUAAUCUGAAAUAAGAAAGUGACUUUAUAAUUUGAGGAACUAGAGCAUUAAAGAAGAACUAGUCACCUGUGUAUACAUCAUGAUGGGGUCCUAUGAGGUUGAUGAUGAGCCUAAAAAUGUAUUGUCACUAAGCAGAGACUCAUCAUCAAACUCAUAYGACUAUCACCCUUAGUGGUGUUGCAAACAACCGGAUGCAUCCGGUUCUCAGGGAUYCAGCCCUGAUGUGGAAACUCUGCUCGGGUGUUUCUUUUSCYCCUGCUACYUUAGGUUWUAGGAKUAUAAUCAGCUCAUGCUGUAUACACAGGUGACUGGUUCCUCUUAAACACMCUAGUUCCMCAAAUYAUAGUCACUUUCUUAUUUCAGAGUACUGGCACUCCUACGGGUUUGUCUGUUACUGUUUGUAAAUUAUCAUUAAAAUCACUGGUAUAUUUUCUAGGUAAUAUU